AUGGCUUUGAUGUUCCUAUUGGAUGAGAUAAGAUACGAAAUGGCAGGAGUGGUGGUAGAUCUAGUUCGAAACCCUGGUAUAACAUCUCUUAUGAAGGGUUACGUUAGUUUUACCGAGCAAGAUUGUACAACAAAAGCAGGAGAAAAACCCCAAAUACGUCUAGACAAAAUAGUUUGGAAAGUUGAACAUGUCAAAGUGGAUGAUGAGUUAAACUUGCAGUUGUUAUCAGUCAUUGACAAGGGUAGACCCUUGACUCUUGAUCACUGCCACAUAAAAAACUUCAAAGUUCAUUUGAACUCCGAGGUUUAUCCCUACGAUAAUUUAAACCUGAACAAACAAACAACAGUAUGCCCUGCUGUAUGA